UUCCUAUGUGUAAUGCACCAAUAUUUGGAUUCGACAUCGCUGUCAACAAAAUUUAUUCUUUUCCUCCUAUUCAAUAAAAUUUCAGUCAUUCCUGCAAUUCACGUAUUCUUGUUUACAAAGUUUGAGCAACUCAUGUUAAACGCGGUGGCAAUCCCUAUCGAUCUCUUCGUUUUCCGCAGAUUAGUAGCUCGUGGCAUUGUCUACAUCCUAGGAAAUUGACUAGGUGGAUUUUGUAAUUGGGAAUUUGAGGGCAAAAAAGAGGUUUAAUGGCGGCGGUGGCUACUCAGGCGUUCAGUUUCUGUAAGCUGUCGAGGUCAUUACGCGCCAAGCCAACGACACCUUCGAAGGCGGCGGUGUUUCAGACCGGAGGUAGGAAACUGGAGACUUGCGGCGGCGGCGCUGCGAGAUCGAGAUUCGUGUCGCCAAUCAGGGCAAUGGAAGCCUCCGAUGCGGCGAAGCACGCCAACGGCGCGGCAAAUCAAUCUAUGGUUGAUUCCGCUGGCGGAAAUUGCGGCGGUUUUUCCGGGAAAAAUACCGUUGAGGUGGCUACAGUUGGGAGCUCGACCAAUAUUGCGUGGCACAAGUGUUCUGUGGAAAAGUGCGAUAGGGAGGAGAUGCUUAAUCAAAAGGGCUGCGUUAUUUGGAUCACUGGGCUGAGUGGAUCAGGAAAGAGCACUGUGGCAUGUGCUUUAAGUCGUGCUUUACAUGCAAGAGGAAAGCUCAGUUAUAUCCUUGAUGGGGAUAACUGUAGGCAUGGUCUGAACCGUGAUCUAAGUUUUAAAGCUGACGAUAGAUCUGAGAAUAUACGAAGGAUAGGAGAGGUAGCAAAGCUUUUUGCAGAUGCUGGAGUCAUUUGUAUUGCAAGUUUAAUAUCGCCAUUCAGGAAGGAGAGAGAUGCCUGCCGAGAUUUACUUCCCAAAGGGGAUUUUAUUGAGGUAUAUAUGGAUGUUCCUUUACAAGUUUGUGAGACAAGGGAUCCCAAGGGAUUGUACAAGCUUGCACGAGCUGGAAAAAUCAAAGGCUUCACAGGUGUUGAUGAUCCAUACGAACCACCAUUGAACUCUGAGGUAUCCUUUUCUAGUAUGCAAUGUAGACUCAUUCUUGCUUUUACUCAUUCUUGCAUGGCCAUGUAAUAAGAGUUGUGCCGGUUUCUCUUCAAGAAAAAUCAGGUUCAUUUAGCCUGCGGCAACAAGAAUCUUCAUCUAAGAGAUGCUAUGUCUCUACUUUAAAAAACACAACCAUUUUUUUGGUGUAUACUGCGUGUGCUAUCCAGUUAUCUUUCUGCCACCGGUUAUCACUUCCUUAUGGCUGCAUAGCUAAUCUAAUGUUGGAUUUCACUCUCUCAGAUAGUAUUGCAUCAAAGUGAAGGGAUUUGUGAUUCUCCAGCAGUCCUGGCUGAGCAAGUUAUAUCAUACUUGGAAAGAAAAGGUUAUUUGGAGGCAUAAUAUGCAAAUAUAGUGCUUCUUGGCAAAGAAAAGCUCUUAACUGUUUUGUUAGGAGAAAACCGUGGUAUUUGUUGUGCAUAGUUUUAGCUGUUUAAUGAGUAAUCAUUAAUCUAAAUCAAUCAAUCUGUUCUUGGUCAGCUUGUAGUUGAUUGAUCAAUCAACUACAAUUGAUGUGCUAUGUGCAUAGUGUUAGUCAUCUGAGUGACUAAUCUCAUCUUGGUUACUCGAAUCUAUUUGUCAGCUUGUAGUUGAUUUAUCAAUCAACUACGGCCAAUAAAUCGGAUGCACGUCUCUGAGGUGCAUUUGUCAAAUAUAUCAUUCAUAAAUUAUUCUGUAAUAUAAUGAUUAUUCAACUUCUCCUGAAUAAUGUAAACGUAGGUUUUGUUGUAUUAUUUAACGGAAAUAGAAAGUGGUGUUUGUAGUA